CUUCUUCUAUAUAAAUUGAGCUCUAUGACUUGAUUAUUUACAUACAAGUGUAGAAAAAAACAAAGCCUCUCUCUCAAUUUAUAACUAACAAAAGAUGAACUUGAUCAUGGGUGAUGGGGAAGUGAGCUCUAGUGAGCUUCUUCAAGCUCAAGAGCUUGUAUGGAACUGUUCACUCAGCUUCAUAAAGCCCAUGUCAUUAAAAUGUGCCAUUGAUUUAGGUAUCCCAGAUAUCAUCCACAACCACGGCCAACCCAUUACACUAUCCAAUCUCAUUUCCUCCCUUCCUAUCCACCCUUCAAAAGCUCAUUUCAUUCAUCGCCUUAUGCGAAUCCUUGUUCAUUUUGGCUUUUUCUCAACACAACCACAAGAAGAAAAAAAGGAAGAAGAGACAUACUCUCUCACACUUGCUUCUAGGCUUCUCUUAAAAGAUGGUCCCUUUAGGGCUGCAACAUUUUUUCUUGUCCAACUCAACCCGCUUUUGCUUACCCCAUGGCAUUUCUUGAGCACUUGGUUUCAAAAAGGCGAGGAUGAUCCGACGCCGUUUGAGAUGGUGAAUGGGAUGAACUUUUGGGAUUUUGUAGGUGAUGAUCCAAUGGUCAAGCACAUGUUUACGGAAGCCAUGGCCAAUGACUCUCGUAUAAUGUCGAAAGUGGUAGUAGAAGAGGGUAAAGAGGUGUUCGAAGGGUUGAGUUCAUUGGUGGAUGUGGGAGGUGGCACAGGUAUUAUGGCCAAAGCCAUAGUCAAAGCCUUCCCUAAUAUUAAAUGCACUGUGCUUGAUCUUCCAUAUGUUGUUGCUGAUUUGAAGGGAACACACAACUUGAACUUUAUUGAAGGUGAUAUGUUCAAGAAAAUACCUUCUGCAAAUGCAGUUUUACUCAAGUGGAUUUUGCAUGACUGGAGUGAUGAAGAGGCUGUGACUAUAUUAAAGAAAUGUCGAGAAGCCAUUUGGAGUAAAGAUAAAGGAGGAAAAGUGAUACUGAUAGAUAUGGUUAUUGAUGAGAAUCCAAAGUUAGAAAAAAAGUCAGCUGAAACUCAACUGUGCUUUGAUAUGUUAAUGAUGGUCGACCUCACUGGUAAAGAGCGUAAUAAAAAGGAAUGGGAAAACAUUUUCUUGGCUGCUGGAUUUAGUCACUACAAGAUUACUCCAAUUGUGGGACUUAGAUCUCUCAUUGAGGUUUACCCUUAAAAUAAUUAAAGUUUAUGCAAGAAGUUUAUUGAUUUCCUUAUGUUAAUGUUCUGUUGUGUUGGGUUAUUUUCUUUAUAUAUAUAUAUAUAUAUAUAUAUAUAUAUAUAUAUUAUAAGGUUUGGGUAUGAAUUAAGAUGUAACAAGAUGUAUCACCAAAUUAACAAUAUAAGGUGCAUGUGUUUGUUAUUUUGCCACAUAUCGAUUAUUAUUAUUAUUAUUAUCUAUGGGCGUAAAGCUAGUUCAUGUAAAUAUGUAUGUUA